CCAAAAGAACAAAUCGCGAAUCAGACACCACGACUCCUCAGGCGCUCAGUGGAGUCUUCAUGAGGAGAACAGGAGCAUCUUUACUAACUUCUGCAACCGUUUAUCAAACAUUUCCUCUCAGGCUUGUUUCAAUGACUAUCAGACUGAGACUGCACAGUUUUGAACCGUAAAGACACUUGAGGAUUAAAAACAACCGACACAAGAAGACAAUUCUGCGGUUUUACAUAGACUCGGAUACAGGAGGAUGAAUUUAUCAUACACAGUUUUUCUCCUGCUAAACGUCUUAUCGCUGUGCAACUGUAAUGAUGCAACGCAAGGUUGCAUGGAUAAGCACCGAGUGAUGGGCAUCCUGCGUCAAAUGGAGAAGUUUCUUAAAGGACAGGAGAUCCGAUUCACCGAAGGGCUUCGGAUUAUGAAAUCCAAGCUCACCAACCUUCAAAACUCAGUGUCCAAGUUCCCACAAGCAGACCAGUCCUCAUCCCAGUUCUCAUGCCCAGCUCUGGUGGCUCCGGCCCACGGCAGAAAGCUGGGCUCGAAGCACCUGGUGGGUCAUGAGGUUCAUUUCACGUGUUCUCAGGGUUAUCGCUUGAUGGGACCGGGGACACGCGUGUGCCAGGAGAACGGUACCUGGAGCGGAGCCGGUGUCGUCUGUAAAGAUGUGAGUGUGUGUGCCAGUAACCCGUGUCAGAACGGUGGCACCUGUGCGGAGGCUCUGAACCAGUACAAGUGCACCUGUCCACACAACUGGAGUGGGAGUCAAUGUCAAUACCAGACGCAGACAGCCCCUCCGGAGUGGAGUGUUAUGAACGACCCGGCCUUCAGCCGCAAGCCUCGCUGUGCGAGAGUGGACCGAGCUCAACACUGCAGCUGUGACGCUGGCUUCCACAUGAGCGGCACCUCCGACAACAGCAUCUGUCAGGAUGUGAAUGAAUGUGAGGUGUAUAAGGCUGACCGUGGAGGGCCUCUGUGUGGCCAUGCCUGUGUAAACGUCCCGGGAUCGUACCACUGUUCCUGUCCCACCGGAUACAAGCUGCUCGCUGAUGGAAGAAGCUGUGAGGAUGUGGAUGAAUGUCUUACCCAACAGCACAACUGCAGCCGUGGCACCACCUGUAUCAACACCGGAGGAGGUUUCCAGUGUGUGAACCCCGAGUGUCCGCGCUCGCACGGCAACGUCAGCUACGUCAAGACGUCACCGUUCCAGUGUGAAAGAAACCCCUGUCCCAUGGAGAGCCGGUCCUGUCCAUUCGCCGCCAAGACCAUUUCUCACCACUACCUGUCCCUGCCGUCCAACCUGCGCACCCCAGCCACCCUGUUCCGCAUGGCCACCGCGACGGCUCCGGGUCGGCCCGGCCCCGACAGCCUCCGCUUCGGCAUCGCAGGAGGAGGAGACUCCAGGAACACCUUCGUGAUGCAGCGCUCGGACCGUCAGACCGGAGAGCUGAUCCUCGUCCGGCCCAUGCCAGGCCCACAGGAGCUCAGCGUGGAGGUGGAGAUGUCCGAGUACGCCGAGCGCACCUUCCAAGCCAAACAUCUGGCACGGGUCCACCUCCUGAUCUCACCCUACGAGUUCUGAAGAGAGGCGGCUUGCUGUCCAAAUCUAGAGUUGAUGUUUAGACUCCAAGAGGAAAGAAUGUUUUCCUUAUUGCUAAAGCUGAAUGAUAGAGUUGUUCUCAGAGGCGGCUCGGAUUUUGACGUUGGGACGGUGCAAAAAUGAAAAUAUGGGAAGUACAGUGGAAAGUCAUGCUCAAAUGGAAGUCAAAUUAAUAUUUUAAGGUAAUAAGUAAAGAAAAAUGCUUUUGCUUUAUCCUGCUGGUACAUUUGCGGUUAAAGGUGAAGCGUGUAAUUAUUUUCUCUGUUAAAAUACUUACAUUUAUUCGUUUUUAAAAUCAAAUUUAAGACCUGCACAAAUAAAAUGAAUGCUGUAUGUCCUAUGCAAUCACAAAAUAAAACAUGCAUCUCAGAUUAUUUUUUACUUACUGUAAUUAAAGCGCUUUAUCAUGUAAUUUUAAAGAUUAAUAAUCACAUUAGGUCAUAUCACGAUUCCUGUUUUUCCAUC